AUGCAAUCAAUGCGGUUGAGGGAUCGUUCGAAGUUGAAGAGACCGGAGCAUCUGGAUGACUACGUAGCAGCAGCCGGGAAUUUUGUGCUGGAGAGUCCAGAUUCCUUCCAUGAAGCCAUCAACAGCAACGUCGAGUGGAAAAAGGCAAUGGACAGGGAAAUUGAUUCCUUACAUCAGAAUGAAACUUGGGACUUGACAAGACUCCCCAGAAGAUCGAAAGUACUUCCGUGCAAGUGGGUCUAUCGAGUCAAAACCCACAACGACGGAAGUAUCGACAAAUACAAAGAUCGCUUGGUCAUCAAAGGAUUCGCCCAGAGACGAGGGAUUGAUUACGACCAAACUUUUAGCUCUGUCGCAAGAAUGGAAACAAUCCGCUCAGUAUUGAGCGUUGCAGCCAAAAAUAAUAUGUUUUUGGUCCAGUUUGACGUCUCGACAGCUUUUCUAUACGGUGAAUUGGACGACUAG